CAGGCGUCUCUCUGGUUUAAACUACUUCGCUGAAACAACGUGGACGAAGAGUACGAGCGGUUUUGAACAUCUGCAAAAACAUCUAUCUCAUUGAUGACAAGUAGGAAACGUAUUUAGCAAGUAUCGCUCGACAUGGCUAACUCUACUAUCACGGAUAUAACAGAGGAAGAUGCAGCGGAUCUGCAAUUUCCUAAAGACUGUCCAUUGAAUCCAACGAACAAUGUUGACUCUGAUGUUGAACUUGAGGUGUCAGUUCUGAAGGAUGAAAGUCUUGCUUCAGACUCGUUAUGCCGCAUGUGCAGGACGGUUCUCACGGAGCCGUACAUUCGUUGCGCCGUGUGCGCUAAUUUUGAUUUGUGUCCGUCUUGCUUUGCCAAUGGGUGCGAAAUUCACGAGCACAAGAACGAUCACGAUUACGUGAUCAUAAGAAACGAAUUUCCUUUGAUCAAGGAUAGCGAUUGGACCGCUAAACAGGAACUCGAAUUGCUGGAUAUCAUACAGCAAUGCGGUUUUGGAAAUUGGACGGAUGUGGAGCGUAGAAUACAAGGAAAGUCCGCGGAGGAGUGCAGAAUGCACUAUCUGCAGCACUACAUAGACUAUCAGACCCUGCCAGGUUUACCGAAGAUCCAAGAGACCACAGCUAGUUUGUUCAAUUGCGAACCCGUUCCUUACAUGUUCAAAUUGCGAGAUUUAGAGGAGCCACCGAGAUUCGCCUCGGACUCGACAAAUGUUAGACUUCUGGCCGGAUACAAUGCGGCCAGGUCCGAUUUCGAGGUGAAUUUUGACAAUCACGCAGAAAUGCUUAUUUCCGAUCUUAAUUUCGACGAGUUUCAACCGGAUGACGAAAUAUACGAACUGGGACGGGCGUUGCAAGCGGCGGUAGUUGAGGCGUACAACAACAGAUUGAAGGAGCGCGCGAGAAGACGAAAGAUCAUACGCGAUCACGGACUGAUGACGUUUCGCAAAGUUAUAUCGUGGAUGCACAGGUACGAGAGUACGAUAACGAGACCGCUCACCGAGAGGCUGCUGGUAUUUAUGCAGCUUAUGGAUGGAAUGGAUUUCGACUUUAUUAUGGAGGGUCUGCACGGGGCCGGCGUGCUCAGGAGUCGCAUUACCAAGUUACUGGGAUUGCGGGAGAACGGACUCAUGCGCUUCCAUAGCGUGUCCAUGUUCAAGAUGCUGAGCAAACUGCGGCAGGAAAACGAGCGGGAGAGAAAACAGUAUUUGAGCAAUCCGGAGUACAGUUGGAGAACGUUGGGACCCGAUAGCGUUGCCGUUGGCGGUCCGAUUUCCGUAAGCGCGCCGCGCAAACCCGCGCCGCCGCUCGUAAUACAAGGCUUACCGGGAUACGAGAAACUGAACGCCGAGGAGAAGGAACUUUGUUCCGUCGCGAGAAUCGUGCCCGAAAGUUACUUGGAUUAUAAGCAUCUGUUACUGACAGAAAACAAAAAAUUCGGUUAUCUCAGAUUGGCCCAGGCUCGUACGCUCCUGAAAAUUGACGUGAACAAAACGCGAAAGAUAUAUGACUUUUUGAUACAGAAAGGAUACAUAAAAAAACCAUCUCAUUGAUCUUUUUGUUUUGUUUUUAAGCUAACUGAUAUAUCGUGAUAUCGCGCGAAUAAUACUUUUAUAUAAAUGUGAAAUGAGUGCAACGCUAUACUGUGAUAUGAACUGACGAUCAGAUUUGUUGCUCAUUAAAAAAGUUUUGUAUUUUUAGAGAAAAGAGGUUUAUAUUUUUUAUAAAU